UAUAUAUGUCUCUGAGUCCGAGAGACCCUCUUGUGCUAGGAAGAGUUGUAGGAGAUGUUGUUGAUCAUUUCACGAGAUCGAUAUCUCUUAGGGUUACUUAUUGCCAAAGACAGGUUACUAAUGGAUUGGAUCUAAGGUCUUCCCAAGUUCUGAACAAACCAACGGUCGAGAUCGGAGGAGAUGACCUCAGAAAUUUCUACACUUUGGUUCGUCUUCUAUCCGAUAUCUUCAAUACUCCUUUCCCAUUUUUUUAUACAAACAUUGAUUUGCCAAAAGAGCACGUUAUGGUGGAUCCUGAUGUGCCAAGUCCAAGCAACCCUCACCUCCGAGAAUAUCUCCAUUGGUUGGUGACUGAUAUACCCGCCACAACUGGAACGGCCUUUGGCAACGAGAUGGUGUGCUAUGAGAAUCCACGUCCCACCUCAGGAAUUCACCGAGUCGUGCUGAUAUUGUUCCGACAACUCGGAAGACAAACGGUUUAUGCACCAGAGUGGCGCCAACGGUUCAACACUCGUGAGUUCGCUGAGAACUACAAUCUUGGUCUCCCUGUGGCUGCCGUUUUCUUCAACUGUCAGAAGGAGAAUGGCUGCGGAGGAAGAAGAACG